AUGUUGUACACAGGUGGUGCUUGUGGCUAUGGUGAUCUGGUGGGCAAGCCACCCUUUUCCUCCAUGGUGACUGCAGGAAACCCUAAUCUGUUUUUAUCAGGCAAAGGAUGCGGUGCAUGUUAUCGGGUUAAAUGUACAAAUAACUCUAUGUGUUCUGGGAAGUCAGUGGUGGUGACCAUCACUGAUGAAUGCCCCGGUGGACCGUGUUUAAAGGAGACGAUUCAUUUCGACCUAAGUGGGUUGGCAUUUGGGUCCCUUGCCGUGCCGGGCAAAGCUGAUCAGCUCAUGGGAGUUGGUGUGCUCGCUGUUGAUUAUACUCG